AUGUCAGCUACCGAUCAAAACGAUAAUUUGAUCAACUCCUACGUCCAAAUCGCUUAUUCUUCCGAAGAAGAAGGCAUCUUCUUUUUGGAAUCCCACCAGUGGGACCUCGAUGUCGUCGUUUCCACUUUCUUCGACAACAAUUCGACCGUCGCACACCAGCCGCACUCGAUCGCAUCUCCUGUUUUCGGCCCCGUCUCGCUCGCCUUCUCCUGCCUGCCCCUCUCGCUCCCAUAUACGCUUUGGUCGCGCCGCAACGUUGAUAAGAAAUCGUCUGAUAGCGACGGAAGCAACGCUCGUGACGUUCGUACCUUAGCCGAUCUGAACCGGUCCCCUCCUGGUGGGUCCGACAGUGAGAAAAGUGGGAUGGUGGUUCGAGAUCCUUCGAGGCAUCAGGAUGUGGAUUCGAUUUUUAAUCAAGCGAGACAAGCAGGAGCGGUGGAAGGAUCUGAUGAUUACCUCCAACCAUCGUCUUCGUUCGAGCACGAAAAGCUGUCAAUCACAUUUGAAGAAGAAUAA